AUGUCAAAUUUGGCUUUUACUGAUCUCGGAGAAGCAACUGAAAAUCUUAGCUUUACUACAAAAAAGAAGAAGAAGAAUUCUCCUUUAAAAUUGCUUUUUAAGUUUUACAAAAUUGCAUACUACCAGAAAAUACCUAGGGAAAAAUCAUUUUUAAAGCAGAAAAUAGAAGCUGUUUUUACCACUAUAAUUUGAUGACUUCAGAUUUCAAGUCUACUAUGGCUGCCUGACCUUCCUAUAGAAGGCUGAAAGAAAAGUAUGGGUAUAUGGCAUUUUAUCGGUUUUUUAAGGCUAGACAAUACAUGUUCUGCCUUAGGAGUCAUAAAUUUUUGUAUUUAUGCCUCAAUUUCGACUAUUUUAUUCAAUUUUGCUUUUAUUGCGAUUCUUAUAUUAUUUCAUAAAUCGAUAAAACUUCCAGAACUUUGGAUCAGUUUUUGCAAAAAAAGCUUAUAUUUGUUAACAAACUUUUUAUCUAUUCCAUCUAUAGCAUUACUUGUUUUUUGCUUGAAAUUAAAUUUUUCAAGCCAGAAAAAUGCCGCUGAUUAUUAUGAUAAUAGUUAUGUGAAAGACUUUGAAGUAAGUAACGAUGACUCCCCUCCUCAAUCUUCAUGUCUAUUGCAACAAAAAUGCAAUUUUUUAAUAUAAAAUUUUAUAUAAAAAAAAUAAUAAUUUUCAUGUCUCUUGCAACAAAUUAUAUAUACAUUAAAAUGGCUGCACGUGCCAACCUGCCCUCUUGGCGCAGCAAUCCAGACCUUAUGGCUACGGCGAACUGGGACGGACUCCGAGCCGAGAAUCAGACGCAGGCUCAAGAAGUGUGUAUAUCCGGGUAGGUUUUGGCUACUUUCCUGUGGUUGGAAAUGGAGGUGCUCAGCAACGUCCUUUGGAUCUGAGGACCCAUAGGUAUUCCUCUAACGAGAAACUGGGGGUUUCGGCCCAGGCCGCAGGGAACAGUCUUUUUCCUGUAGCUGUUGAAAGAAGGCACUUUGACACCCCAAUAGACUCCAAGAGCUGAUCCUUGGAAUCAAGCUACUCCAAUCGCCCGUAGCAGGGCCACAGAAAUCCGUAAGCCGCCCACUCAAGACUGAACUCCCAAGGCAAGGAGGAGACAGAAGGCACAGGAAGGGCACUCGUAAGAGGGAUAGAUCCUCUGGGCUGGAGUCGAAAAGCGGUAGACCUUCCGUACGGGAGGUCUUUAAUGACUGCGCCAUCAAUAUGGCUAGCGCCUGUCUAUAAUAAUCUUAAUCCUAAUCCUCUUCCAACAAAUUUUCGAUGCACAUCAUAAAUUUUUCCAUACUUUUUAUCUAGGUAAGUUUAAUAAAAUGGUGAGCGAUGGCAAUAGCCGUCCAAAUCUCGAUGAGAAUGCCAUUGACACACCUAAAGCAGCACUGUUUUAUGGUUUUUUUGAGAAACUCACCUAGAGAAAAAUGCAUUAAUUUUUUUUAUAAAAAAUGUUGUGUUGCAGUAGGCACGAAAAUUUUUUCGAAAAAUUUUUGAUGCAGUAGACAUGAAGAUUGAAGGGGGGUCAUCGUUAUAUUUAUCCAAGCAUUCAUAUUUUUGAGCUUGAUAUUAUGCUUCAUAAUCCUUUUAGCGGAUUCUAUCUUUACAAGUGAUAUCAGGCAUUCUAUAGCAAAUUUCGACCUAAAAGUAAAGGCACACUCACAAAUAGACAUUCACUGUGCAUUAUUUGAAAUUAUUUUUUCGAUUUUCCAUUCAAUAGUUUCAAAAGAUAAUAUAGAAUAUUUUCAAUUUUCUUUGAUGGUUACUUCUAUACUUUUAUUAAUAGAGGCGAUGAAAAGCUUAUCUUAUUUUAGCAUUUUCAUGAAUUGCCUAAUUGCUGUGAAAUAUUGUGCAGUCAUGUGCGUUGCUGGAAUAUUUUUUUUCGGAAAUAUUAUUGAUAGAGCUUUUUUGAUAACUUUGUUUACUUUAACUGUCAUGCCUAUUCUCUGCGUAUUUAUUGUUCAAUUUUUGUUACAUAGAGUUAAAAACAAUAAGCCAGAUAUUCCUUCAGAUUUGCAAAGAAUAGAAGGACUAUUUUAUGCAGAACAUUGCUUAAGACCAUUUUUAUGUUCAGAUAAUAUAGAAUUUAAAGAUAAAAUUUUUAGCUCUUUGGGAAAAUGCUAUAACAACACUAAGCUGCACAAAAACAAGCUGCUAGUAAUAUGAGAAGUAAACUAUUGCAUUUUUACAUUAAAUAAUGAAGCUUUAGCUAAAAUCAAGUUUAGCAAAAUUGCAGAUUCAAUAUUUAGCUUAGAAGGAAACUAUCAAGAAUAUAUAUGCAAAAAAACUCUAUCUGAAUUCCACUCAAAUGAAAGCGCUGAAUAUCUUGAUUAUUUUCAAAAAAUUCACGACUCCAAGCUUGAAGACGAAAUUAUCUGCACCAAGCUUCUAGACUUCUGAAAAGAGCUAGUUUCUAUCAAUCCUAAUAUAAAUAUACUGAACAAGCAUGCAAAGAUGAUUUCUGAGUCUAUUAAAAACUUAGACAAAGAGUACACACAUUUAAGCUCUCUCUUCCCAAAAUGCAAAGAGCCCCUUGUUUUUUAUUCUACUUUCGCCAGAGAUAUUUUAUAUGAUAACGAAAAAUCAGCGAUUUUAGAGUACAAAAUAAAAUCUAUUGAUAAAAUUACUACAAGCUCCUCAAAAGAUAGCAAAAGCUUUAAUUAUUUUGAUGACGAUAGUGGAAUAAUUUUAGCUUCAGCAGAAAUAGAAAAUUUUGGAAAAAUAAGUUUUGCGAAUGGGAGAGCUUGUGAAAUUUUGAAAUGCCCGAUUGAUGAUAUUAUAGAGAAUAAUAUUUCUUCUAUAAUACCUUAUCCAUAUAGUGAAUUAUUUAAUAAAGGUCUUUAUAACUUGCUGCAGCUUGUAGAUGAUGCUAAUUUGAAGCUGCCUGAUAGUUUUUUCUUUGCCUUGCCUGAUGAUCAUAUUAUAGAGUGUACUGGAAAAAUGUCAAUAGCUUGCUUUUCUAGCAAACUGUGGUUCGUACUUAUUUUUCGUGAAAAAAUCACCAAGAGGCAAUUCGCAAUGGUUCCUUCACACGAGGCCUACUCCAUAAAGACUUUUUUUUUGGCCUAUUUUUUUUUGGCCUAUUUUUUUUGGCCUAUUUUUUUUGGCCUAUUUUUUUUGGCCUAUUUCAUGACGACUAUUUUUUUUUGGCCUAUUUUUUUUUGGCCUAUUUUUUUUUGGCCUAUUUUUUUGGGCCUAUUUUUUUUGGCCAUUUUUUAGCUAUUUUUUAUUAAUAUUUGGGCCUAAUUUCAUACUAAUGAUUUUAAUAUAAUAUAAUUUUGAAUGUAUUUUAAACGAUUUUAUCAACAUAAAUACACCUUUAACAGAUCUCUUACUCCAUGAAUGGUAAUUCAUUGCUUUUUAAAAUUUCGAGAAUUUUAAAUUUAAUUAGGAUUUUUCCACUUAAUUUACUCAAUAUUAAUCGUGUAAGGAAAUACAUCCGUUACCCAAUAAUUAUUUAGUUCUAUCAGCAGCUUCAUGAAUUAUCCUCGACAGAAAAAAUAGACCAAAAAAAUAGGCCAAAAAAAAAUAGGCCCAAAAAAAAAUAGGCCAAAAAAAAAAUAGGCCAAAAAAAAAAUCGGCCAAAAAAAAAUAGGCCAAAAAAAAAUAGGCCAAAAAAAAAAUAGGCCAAAAAAAAAAUAGGCCCAAAAAAAAAUAAGCCAUAAAAAAAUAGGCCAAAAAAAAUUAGGCCAAAAAAAAUUAGGCCAAAAAAGAAUAGGCCAAAAAAAAAUAGGCCAAAAAAAAUAGGCCAAAAAAAUUAGGCCAAAAAAAUUAGGCCAAAAAAAAAUAGGCCAAAAAAAAAAGGCCAAAAAAAAUUUGGCCAAAAAAAAAAUAAUCGUUAUGGAGUAGACCUCGUGUGAAGACACGGUUCGCAAUUAUCUCAAGCAAUGGCGAUAUUUAUGCACACUCUAAGAAAUUCGCUAAAUUUGCAGCCCAAAAAUCGAAAAAUUUACAAUAUUACAAUAUUUCUCAGUUAUUUCCUAAUUUGCAUGAUACAAAUUUGCAGCCUUGAAAGCUUUAUCCAGUUCCAUCAAUUACGAUAGAAACAUAUUUAGCUUAUUGUGUCAUAGAGUUUUACAAUAUAAAAAUUCCAUAUAUAAUACUUGUUAACGAUCCCGAUGAAAUUUCAUCUUGAAAACAUGGACAUUUUGGAGAUUUCCAGUCUCCAGAGCCUGGUAUCAUAAAAAAAGUCCACAGUGCUUUACAUUUAAAGCGGCACUUAACUGUUAAUGGCAGCAAAAAUUUUCAAAGCGAAGAAACACUCAAUUUUUCACAAAAAUUGCAUUCCAAAGAAACCGCUUUUAGAACAGAUACUUCGCAUUUUGAUAGCAGUUUUGACGUAUUAUUAAGCGGAGGGAUAAUAGAAAAUGAAAAAUCCUCAUUAAGAUCUUCAGUAAAAUCUGAGUCUCUUUCACAAACAUAUACACUAAAUCAUAUUGUAAAAUUAUCCACCAGAGCAUUAAAAAUUUUUCAUAUAAUGCUUGUGCUUUCUGUAAUUUUUAUUUAGAUGGUAGCACGAUAGUAUAUAUUAAAAUGGUGAGGCAAUCCAACCCACCCUAAACUCCUGUAGUUAGCAUCCAACAGAGUGCGCGCAGGGUCCUAAAGGGGGAGAAUGGCAUUCGGGAAUAUGUAUUCCACUGGGAUUUGUCUAGGUUUAGCGAAGCGCAAUAUCGGUUUAGUAGAUCGCAUGCUUUCUCCAAUGCCAAAUUUUUGCCUCAGUGGGAGAUGGGUCAGGAAGUUGGAAAGGAGAUCCCAGCGAAUUCAGUGGUGUUCGUCCUGACCAAUUGGGACUAUUUGGAAGCUACACCCUGGGCUAAUUGAAGAAGUUUAUAUUAUUACCCUACCCUAAUUCUUCGAUUUCCUGAUAUUUCCAGUUCGAGUAGCUUCCAACUCGAGUAGCUUCCAACUCUAGUAGCUUCCUACUUCGCUUUCAUAGAUUGCUUCAUUUUUACAUUAAAGCAAAUAUAGUACCCUGGGCUAAGGAUUUCCAUCUUAACCAAGAAUCGACCUGAAAAUUAAACCCCCUUUGAAUUUUCAGUAGUGGGCAACUCUAUUGACUUACGGCACAGCGACGCACUCACCAACUACCGGAUAGCGAGUGCAGACCUAGCCAAGCAAGAGCAGCCUUCGCGAUGUCUUGAAAUGCGAACUGGAAAGUAGGUGGGGAAGCAUUAUGGGUGGAGGUAGUAUCUGUCAAUUGCAGCGGCUUUUCUAUAAGUUUAAUUAAUAUUAAUGGUAACAGCGAUAGGAUAUAUUAAAUGGCUUGUUGAAUCAACCCACCUUCUUAACUCCUGUAUAAAACCUCCCACAGAUCUAGAAAGUGAGUUGAUGCUCGCAAAAAGUGCAUCUGGCAAAGUUUCAUGACAAAUGAAGCAACAGUGCUGAGCUGAUCAGCACGAGCGCAAUCUGGUGACUUUUUCCUCGUGGGAAAAUGGAGUAAGAAAGGGCUGUUAUAAAAUAUUCUUUUGGUAAAUCGGGAACUAUCCACGACGCGAUACCAGACGUUGCAUCCUGGUAUUCCAGUUAAAUUUUCUGAGAUUCGGCGAGAUAACUCAACUCUUUUUAAUUGGAAGGCAAUCUGAGUUCCUGUAAGGCAAGGAGGCACAACUUCGUAAAAUAUGAACUUACAAGCAGAGAAGCAUUAGGGAAGGACCCAUGCUUCUCUAUUGGAUGGAGUUUUCGAUAUGUUUAGUUAAGAUUAAGGUCACAGCAAUAGUUACAAAUCUAAUAGUAGUCUUUUAUAUAUCAUCAAAAGUUAAAAGCGAAAGCAAUAUUGAUGUGCCUAUCACGCUAGGGAAACUACAAGAAGUAUUUCAUGCAUAUACAUUUAAUGAUCACAAUUUACAAUGGCAGUUAGGGGUAGGACUAUGGCCUACAGUUGAGUUCAGUGAGAGAAGUUUUACGCCUUCUUGAGUGUUUUCAUGUCAAGAGAAGUUAUCUACACUGAGGCUGGUGUAAAGAGGUCCUAAGAGACUUGGGGACAUGGACAGUUUGACGGUUAGGUCGGUCUUACCUGUAAAUCCAAGUUAAGACCGCAAGAAUCUGGACUUGAACAAGCUAUUUUUAACAUUAAACAUUUUAUGCUAGAGCUGUUUCAGUUAUUGAGUCUUUAAAUGGCCCACCUGAAAUAUUAGCUUUUUCUUACCCAUUUGUGAGAAAGUAAUAUUUUUGCUCUUUUUUCAGAGGAAUACUAGUUUUUUUGUUGCUUUAGAAUGCAAUCCAGAGAUUUCAAAAUAUCAAUUAACGCUAUUACAAUGCUUUUAUUAGUAAUUCAGAUAUUAAAAAUUAUUUCCAAAUUUUUUUCUUAUGGUUUUGAUAAGGGAGUUAUGAAAAUUAUUAUACCCAAGCUAAAAACUUGGAAGAAUUAUAUCAGAAUAUAGUUUCGACUUUAUUAAAUUGAAAAUCAUGCUCAAUGACUAUUUUUACUGAUGAAAAAGCAGUGAUAUGAAGCACAACUGGAGGAAUUCAUUUGGAAAAAACAAAUCUUAUCAAUAUAAUAGCAGAUUUUAUAAAAAAUGGCAAUGAUUUUAUAGCAAAACAAAUUAAAAAAGAAGAUAACUCUGAUGAAUUGAGAUUUUUCAGCUUAAACGGCUAUUGGCAAGCAUUUCGAUAUUGCAAUGAUACUUUAUUUGAACUAAAUGACUGUGUAAUCGAAGAAAUAAACACCCUGGAGUUGCAAAUGAAUAUUCUUUUAUCUGUAGGAUUUGGGAUCCUUCUCCUUUGUUUUAUUAUCAUUAUACCGUUUUGUUUGUCAGCUAUCAAAAUGGAAAAUAAUUUUUGGAAUUUAAUAAAAAAGAAUGCUUAUAUAAAUUAUGGAAAACUGAAGCAGGCAUGCUUAGAUAGGCUUAUAAAUAUACAUGAAAGAGAUUAUAAUGUGUCUGAUGAAGGAAAAAAGAGUAAAGAAGCAAACUUGAAAAACUACUGAAAAUAUGUGUGAAGGAUUUCAGUCUAUUUGCUGAUAGCACUGCUAUUUGUUUUGUUUAACAGUUUGUAUCUAUAUAAGCAUUGCGCACUGUUACUAUACUGUUUCAGAUUAUAUGAGUCUAUAGAAAAAUAUUUUUUUCAAAUUGCAAAUAAUUAUAGGUUAUUCAUUUUGAUUCAAAUCCACUCUAUGAAGAAUAUAUUUGAGACCAAAUUUAUUAGUAAAUUUAAUAAAUACGCAAGUUUUAUAUAAAAACUUAAUGGUUUGAUCUAGUGAACUGACAGUUGUCGGCGUUCCACAGUCCCUUACUACUUUAUUGGCAAAUUCUAACCCUUUUAUGACUACUGAGGCGAAGUUUCAUGAGGUAUGAAAAUAUCUCAGUUACUCAGAAAAAAAACUGAGGGAUAAAAAAUAUUCUUGCUUUUAAUAAGUAAAUAUUCCAUAAUUAGCUUAUUUUUUGUCUUUUUUUAAGAAAAAAAUCUUGAGAUUAUAAUUAAAAGUUCUUAUUUAUUCUAAAUUUUAUAUUCAAUUUUGCUCAAUGAUGAGUUUAUGAAAAUAUUCUAUGAAAAAACUGAAAAUAUAAGCAAUUUCUUAGAGUAUGGGACUUAUUCCGCAGGAAAACUACUCGCAAUUGAAGGCUCUUAUAUGGACUACUCGCAUCGAUAUGAUUUUCUGGUUGUAUGGGAAUAUCUUAUGAUAGAAUUAAAUAAUAUUGAUAAUCAGCUUGAUUUACUAAUUGAUUUAGUAGAUACUGAAUCAAAAAAUGAGAUUAAUUUUCAGUUGGAUUUAAUUAUUGCAUCACUAGUGUUAUUUGUGGCAAGCUCAUUGGCAAUAUAUUUAGGAUGCUAUUUACCAUUUUUUAGUCGAGAAAAAAAGAAUCUUGAAAGAAUGCAAUCAAUUACAAAGUUAAUUCCUAAUAAAUAUAUUCGGUAA